AUUUUUCAUACAUAUGAAUAGUAAGAGACAUUAUUUAAUGUAUUGCAAUGAUAUCCCUAUCCCUUUUUGCAAUUAUAAGGACUUGCAUGUAGAAGUGUUGUACAGCGAUUCUUGAAGGAAAAGUUCAAAACAAUUGCUGAUUCUGAAGAAGCUUAUGGAAUUUGCUAUUUUGGUGAAAAGGAGGCAAAGUGUAGGUGACGCUGAAAAAUUGCUGUCACCUGCUGUAGCUAAGUGGCUGAAAGCUAACGGUUUUUUGAGUGAAGGUAGAUUUGUAGAGAUUGUGUCAAACUGGCAUAAGGCAAGUGGUGGUCGUGGUCUAACGGAAACAGAACGUUCAAAAAACAACCUGGCCAUGCUGGAUUAUCUGCUAGAAGACUGGAUGCCAUGGUACAAGGAUUUAAGGGACUACUCUACAAUGGAUGUUAACAGACCGAUCAAAGGAGUUGGUGGAUUCACCAGAGAAGUUGUGGUUGCAUUAACAACAAAUAUUGAAAGUCAGGAGUUUAGACGUCGAUAUGGUAUUGAAAAAGGGCUUCCUCCUGAACACCCACGGGCAGGAUCAACAGAUGAUGUUGAAGGCAUCUUUGCUUCUUUACAUGGAUUACUGGGACCGAUUUUUGAUGAGAAGGAUUUUCAUGAUGCUUUUCCAAAAGUUAUUAGUGAAUAUACAAAGAAGUGUGAUCCUGAUCUGCCAUUUUACUAUUACACUGGAUCCAAUGAUAGAUACAAUGAUGGAUGCUUGCAAUCUUUUAACAUACCCUCUAGUAGUGGGAAAGAACGUCUAGAUCGUGUCUGUAUUUCAAGGCGAGCUGACCCUUGA